ACAUGUAAUAUUUCUUCCGACAUACAGAAGUUACAUGGUUGAAAUGUCAGAGAUUAUCUCCGUUAUCUAAAAUUGAUAAAUCUGAUCAAACGAGGAACCCUUUGUUCUUAAUCAAUCAGUUCAUUUUUCUUUUAUUCUCUAUACUCAAAAAUAGUUUUUAGUGAUGUGGUUUCUGAUUACAAAAUCAGGUAAAUUCUACAUUCAGUGCAAAUAACUUUUGUGAGAAUAUUGGAGUUCUAAUUUUAAUAAUUAUUUCUUUUUAAAUGAAUCGGUUUUGGUGAUAAUGUAAUUAAAUAUGACAGCUAAUAACCCGAAAGUAGUUUUCAAGAUUUUGAUUCUUGGAGAUGCAAUGGUUGGAAAAAGUUGUCUCCUUCAAAGGUAUGCUGACGAUAGGUUUUCAGAGAAUGUUCCUCCUACUAUCGGUGUGGACUACAGACCAGUAUAUCGCGAAUUCAGGGGACAACUUACCAAAUUAAUGAUCUGGGACACGGCUGGCCAAGAGAAGUUUAAAUCUAUCACUAAAUCGUUUUACCACGGGGCGCACGGAGCGAUUAUUGUGUAUGAUGUGACGCAGAAGCAUACACUCUACGCCCUCCCGAAAUGGACUCAAGAAUUGAAGCAUAUUUGCGGACAUUUACCCAUUGUCAUUGUGGGCAAUAAAUGGGAUUCAAAAUCCAGUGAUAAGCUGACAGAAGAAGAAAUACAGCCAUUCAUCUACGAGUUGGGUUACGCCAAUAAUCAUUUCCUCAUCAGCGCCAAAACUGGAGGGAAUGUCGCCACGGCCUUUGAAACAUUAACGGAGGCUCUUAUGGACAACCACCAAAUAUACAGUUCAACCGAUGAGUUCAGAAUAAGUCUAAAUCAGCAAAAGAAAUCUGGCGGAUGCUGCUGAUUAUAGAAAUCAGCUUUUCCGAUCAAUCGUGCUUUGUGUGACAAACAAUUCAUUUCAUCAUUAACAGUAUUUCACUUUCAUUUAUUUAUUUAUUGAUGGUCAUCAAUUUAUUAAAUGAGAAAAAAAGAAUCAAGCCAUUUUGAGAUUCUGAAAUUAUAUGAUUAUAAUUGCGAUUGUGUUUUUCUUUUUCCUAAUAAAAUAUAUCUGAUGCAUAAAA